CUCAGACCCAAGAUCUCCUACGCGGCAGCUUCUCAGUGGACCAAGACGAUGUCUGACUUCAAAUUACCCUCCGCCACUCAAUGGGGAUUCCCUUCCUCCACCAAACGAGCUCUAUUGGUACACGGCUUGGGUUGUUCAUCCCUUACUUGGGAACGCGUCGCAGAAGCGCUUGCACGAGCAGGUUACUUUGUGGUCGCUCCAAACUUGAUCGGUCACGGCUUCAGGACGGGUACUGACUUUCGCAUGGAAACGGUGGCAAGGGACCUGCAGCCCUAUCUAGCCAAUGCUGAUUACGAUGUCAUCAUCGCGCAUUCUUGGGGGUCGGCUGUUGUCGCUGCUCUCCUACCAUCCUUACCGCGAUCCAGACCCACCUCGCUCGUUCUAGUCGACCCUUCUCUCGAAUUUUCACCCGAAUUCGUGAAAGCGAUCAAGGAGGAGUGGGCAGGCAGAGUUGCGAAUAUCAAGUCCGUGGAGGAGUUUAUGGUGCAGUUUCCCAAAUGGACACGUCUGGAUGCGAUCACUCGUGUGAUUGGUCUUCAGGCGUGUGCUUCUCCAGAUGUCAUUCGGGAGAUUUUGACACAAAAUGAUCCCUGGGCGUUUGGACAUUUAUUGUCUGAUUGUCCGCCGAACAUCACCAUUACUGUUCUCAUUGCGAACCCGGAAGUGGAGAAGCACAUACCAAAGCACCCCCAGAUCACCUGUUCGAUCAUACCCGGAGUAACGCAUUGGGUUCAGUACGAAGCACCGGAAAGGAUCGUUGAUGCAGCUCUGCAGUCUGUCGGGGGAAGUCAGCGACCAUAGAUACGUUACAGUGGGAUCGAUGCUCGGAAACUGCCCGCAACUGCAAAGGCUUGAAGCGACAGAACAUACUGAGUAACAGGUCUAUUGAUUUUAGUAGAUUCAAUUCCGAAGAUCAAUAGGGGUAGCGGUUCCACAGCCACACGCAGUCCUAGGAAUGAUUUCAGUGAGAGGAUUCUUUGUAUUGCAGUCCGGAUUCCCGUCAUAGUGGAUGAUGUACUGCUGCAUGCAGCAGGAGUAUGUGUGUAGUUGAUUCAUAACAUUGUAGGUUUGCAUGCUUGUCAGGCCAGGUCUAUGGGAAAUCUCGCUCAGUCCUAACUCACCAGACACAACGUAUGGGUGUAUAGGAUUCUCGAG